AUGUCACGGCAGCUAACUGUGCCUACAGCAACACCAACGAGUGCGACAACAGCACUUCCAGCCCUGACGGCAGCGCAACAAAUAGCCAAAAAAUCCGAUGGACAGAGGGAUUACAAAUACAUACAGGAGAUAUCUCAGAUGAUGUUCGUCUUUGGUGAGAUUCAGGACCCCAAUCACGAGACCGUCAAUCUCGUAGAGGACAUCAUUCGUAGCCAGCUUAUCGAACUAAUCCUUCAAGCCCGUGCUCUUGCCAACCGUCGUAACGCAAAAUUCAUAACCGCUGAGGACCUCAUCUUUCUCAUUCGACAUGACCGUGGAAAGGUAAACCGGCUUCGCACGUACCUCUCGUGGAAAGAUGUGCGGAAGCAUGCCAAGGACUCAGGGGGAGAUGGGGGCGGUGGAAUGGAGGUAGAAGCGCUAGAAGACGGUGAUGACAAGCUGGCGGCCAAGGCCCAGAAAAUAACCAUCAAACUCCCCUGGGAAAUCUCGACGAUCUAUUCUGAGGUACUCCGGCAGGCGGGCCACCAAUCUGACGACGAGGAAGACGAGGAUGACAUUGAGGCACACGAGGCCAGCAUCCAGAGAUUGAAGGAGGCAGACGACGCAACAAGACAGAUGACGAGAGAGGAAUAUCAGCAUUAUUCAGAUUGUAGGCAAGCAAGUUUCACGUAUCGAAAAGCUAAACGGUUUCGUGACUUCCUCAACCUCCCUCCCCACUUGGACUUGAGGCCUAACGACGAUACUAUUGAUAUCGUCGGUUUCCUCGCCUUCGAGAUGGUUCGAUCACUGACUCUCGCGGGCCUGGAGGUGAAAAAGUCUUUGGAAGAAUCCUACCUUCGCGACGAUUAUGCGCCUUCUUCGACUUCCCCCCUUCUUGGGAAGCGCAAAGCGAACUCUCAAACUGAGGCUGCAAAGCGAGCGAGAAGGGAACGAAUAGAUGGCGAGGAUGAUGACGACGAUGAUACGCCGCUUCCAACUAGCUCGUUGUUCUUGCCGCCUCCGGAGGCGCGAACAGCGCUGAGACCUGAGCAUAUACAAGACGCUUUCGCGAGAAUGCAGGCUGAUUCGUCGCACCACCGAAGUGCAGGAAUGAGAAACUGGAGAGGUGGUUUAGUAAGGACAAGAGUUAGCUUGAUCUGA